GCGUGCUGGUCCCGGGGAAGGUGGACGAGGCUGCCGAGGGGCGAUGCGCUAGCGCCUGUAGCAGCCGCACCCCGGCCCGGCCGGCAGGAUGCAGAUCUGUUUCCUGUUGGAGACCCCGGGUAAAGGCUACACAUUCCUGGCAGAGCCAGAGACUCCAGAAUCCCUGAUCAUCCUUAUCCGACUCCUGACUAAGAAUCUAAUGCCUGUAACCUGCUGAGAAAAAUGCAUGUGAAGUCCUCCUCCUCCUUUUCUCUCUCCUGCCCUUCAAGGAGGCAUUUAAUAACAUCUGAGGAAUCUCUCCGAAGGAAGGCAGGGCUGCUGCUGGUUUUCCAAUGGUUUUCAGAAGCAGCACCACCUCAGGAAAGAAAAGUGGCAGCCCUGGGCUCCUCGGUGCUGCUGCUUGCACCAGACAAUGUACAAGACAUCAACUUCAUCCAGUGGGAAUAUCUAAGUGACUCCGGCCCGCAGUUCAUUGUGCAGUUCUAUAAGAAUGCCCAGGAGCCAACUGUCUUUGCACCCUUUAGAGGCAGAGUCAUUUUUCACCCCCCCAACGACUCCCUCCUGCUGCAGAAGCUCCAAGAGACCGACAGUGGCACCUACAAAGCCAGCGUCAAUCUGAUCGAGAGUGAAGCCAGGAGGACUCACCUGAAAGUUCUCUGGCCCGUGUCCCAGUCUCACCUAUGGAGCAAUUCCAGUGAAGCCGGUUCACAGAUCGAGUUACUCUGCAACGUGACGGAGGGCACAGUGGAAAAGAUUGACUGGGAGAAGGAAGGGGCGCCUCUGCCCCAGGAAAGAUGCUACCUGCUUUCCGAAAAUCGCAGUGUGUUGCUCAUUGAGAGGGGUGAAAAAUCCACCUGUGGCUCCUACUCCUGCAAUGCCAGCAAUGAGAUCAGCUGGAAGGAAGCCUCCCUGAACCUGAUCAUUGUGGGUAUCCCGCCUCCUCUGGGCCGUGCUCUGGAAAUGUCAGCUGUUGCCUUGGUGUUCUCUCUGGUCUCUGGCUUGGGCUUCGUCCUCCUGUGCUGCCAGUCGGAAAAGCGAAGGAUCAAGGGAGAGACCUGGAGAUACUUGAUCGUAUUAAUUCACGUGCUGGUGUGUGUCUCCUCCACCUUGCUGUUUGCUGCCACUGUCCUCUGGAUGCUGGAGAAAGGUCCCUCGGUGGCCUUCAUACUGCUUGAGGUUUUGCUUGUUUACGUAGUCAUGGUAACGGCCCUGAUCUCGGCAACGUUGACGUGUCGGCCUGAAAAGCUCAAUGGAUUGAAGAGCAAACCAUGGCAGCGGCUCACCCUGGACUCAGCCGCUCCUGGAGCUGUGAUAUUAGUGGUGCUGUUUGCCAGCCUCCUGCUCCAGAAAAUCUCUCAGCUCCAAGAGCGAGGCUGCUCCCCGUCGGUAGAUCUGACCGGCAGUGCAGUCGCCUCGGCUGUAAUCUCUCUCCUUGGCCUUCUGGCCCUCUUCGUGUGGUAUCACCGGACACAAGGAAACCAAGGAGAAAAUAAACGGCGUUCCAAAGAGAAGGUGCAGCCAGACGCAGAGGAGACGGAGCAGCUGUAAAGAGCAUUCCCUCGCCUCUUACCACCAGGAGUGGUCCCGGAGACACUACUAGCAAAUCAGGAAACCUGUCCCUAUUACACGGCUCUUGGCGACACUGUGUCUAGGUGUUGCAAGUGGUUGGCUGCUUACUGUAUAGACUUUGCCAAAAUGUACCCAGCUGGGCUGAAAUUUUCACUGGGGUCUCUGCCUCUGGCUCUGCCCCGGCUCCCAAGAAUGUCAGGAAAAAGCAGAGUUAGGGGGAAGUUAACACUCUUUUUUUUUUUUUAAACCCAUUUCUUUGAGGUGCUCUGGUUCCUCUGGGCAGGGCCGGAUUAAGGCAUGGGCUAGCUGGGCAGCUGCCCGGCUCCCGGCUCCCGGGCUGGAGCAGCUCCCAGCAGCCACCCUGCAGUGGCCACCCAGGGCGGGGGCUGCGUUAACUCCCGCAGCAGCGCCCUUCGCCCCGCGGCCGUGGGGCCCUGCACGGCCAAGCUCGGCCUGCCCUGGGCAGCUCCGGGCUGUGCACCAGCGGCGAUAGCCGGGCCAGGCACAUGCAUCCUGCCGCCACCAGCUCUGCUCAAUCCCCCACGUGCCGGGCAGGGGCGGGGCUACGCAUGCGCCCUCCCCCAACUGAGGCACAAUUAAACUGUCUUCCCGGGGCACCGGAAUGGCUCGGUCCAGCCCUGCCUCUGGAGGUUUGAUGCAGGGAGCGGAAGUUGGGCAAAGUGACAGGUCGGGGUCUGAGAUGCCUUUUUCAGUUGUCACAAAAACACCCCCGGGGCUAGUCACACGAGCCGUGUUGUGUCCAGUGACGAUGCACCGAGAGACGAGCGAGUGGCUCUCAUUCAUGGCAGUGGCUGCAAGAGCGUGGUAACCAGCACGGUCUCCCAGGAAGGGGUUGGAUUGUUAACGGCUCUUGUGGACUUGAAUUUGCAGGGGUGCCCCUGAAUCGUAGCAGCGCUCUGAUUGGCUGCAGAGGGAGCGCACGGCUCUCUCCUUCAAUGUUGUGACCAAUCAGCACGCGCUGCACUUCAUGUGCUUUUGCUUUACGUGUGUGUCACGUUAGUAAUGCUAAUAGGAAAAAACCUACCUGGAUGACCACACCCUGCACAUGGGCAAGAGGAACCAACCUGACAUGUCACCGACGCAGAACCCCAAUCGGUGGCUUAUUUGCACCCGCGUGAUGUAAGUUAUACCCAUGUCUAUGGCAGUGGAGACCUGGCCUUAGAGAUACAAGCCCUGACGGUCUCCAUUUGCACAUGCUCAGCUGACGGGGCUGGGGGGAGGAGAUAGGAGGUGGAGCUGCCCCUUUCUCACAGUAUAGUUGCUGGGGGGGGAGUGGCAGUACCCCCGUCUCCCCAGCUCUACCAAUGGGCUCAGGGAUUCUGCCCCAGCGGGAGCCCACAGACUCGGGGUCUAGAAUUCAGCUGUGCUGCUCCCCACUUCAGGGGAUGGGGGCUUCAACCGCUCGGCUCCUGGCUUCAGGCUCAUGGGAGAUGCUCAGGUCCUGCUUUUAGCCAUGCCUUACAGCCUUCUCCCUCUCCCCGAAAGUUUAUGUGGCUCCUGUGUGGAGAACCACUGGUUUAUUGGUCAUGCCCAAGUGGGGGGAGGGGGUGUCGGACAAUUUCUGGCCACUAUCUAACUUUUCAGGGCUGGAUUCUGUAACUUGAAUGUAGCUCCAUUUUCAUUCAGCUCCUGAGUGUAUCUGUUUGUAAUCCCAACUAUCACUGCUACAUGGUGGUUGUAUUUUAUUUGUAAGCAUGUCUUCGUGUGUGUUACAAGUAACAGUAAAAUCAUAGAGAGAAA